CAUUCUGCGGCUAGUAGCCAGCAAGGCAGACAACCGAGUAGAACUAACCGAGAUGCGACACCCAACAGCUGUGAUAAGCCUGAUAUUGGGCCUCGUCCUCGUCACCCUGGUCCACACCGCUCCCGUGGAGGUCGUCUACACGGGCGAGGGCUGCGACUGUCCCACUCAGCUGGGUUACCAACUAAAUGUGCCUAGUCCCCCUAAGCCCAAGAAGUAUGUGGGUGGCGAGUACGGUUAUCGGGUGGAGAAGCCCGUUCAGACUAAGGCUAAGAUCAGCUACAGCUUCGACUUCACGGUGGAGCAGCCAAGGACACCGGCCCCGCCCAAGACCAAUCCCUCCAAGCUGUACGCCAAGGUGGACCGGAUCACAGUCAACAAAGCGGAUUGCCAGGCCAAGAACAAGUCGACAUGCGGCUGCUCGAGUUGCUCCAGCCAUAAACCCAGGUACGUAGCUCCACCGAUCAAGUCGCCGAACGCCAUUCGUCGUCGCAGGGAUCUUCACCAACCUGGUUCCUUGAUCCGCCGGCGGCUAAUGCGCCAACAACAGCUCCAGGAGCGUCCGCCGCGCUAUGUGAAGCUCUACCACAAGGAUUUGACACCUGCCCAGCAGAAGCAGCAGCUCAAGCUCUUUGGCCUGAUCCCGGUGGAAUCCGAACAGCCAGUGGCUGCCUCACCCAAAUCCAAGAGGAAGACUAAGAAAACCCAGCCGAGCUGGAUAGUUCGCCGUUUGAAAAAGCGUGAUAUCAAGGGCGAGUACGAUCUCCUCGAGCAAGAGCGUUCCCAAAUAGAUCUGACUGCUCCGGAGAUAAUCCAGUUCAUGCCGGAGACCCUGAACCCCGAUUUCAAGCCCGGCCAGUGCCUCAUGGGCUGUGGAGCGAUGACAGCAGCGGCACCGCCACCAGAAGAGUCCAAGGACGAUCAGCCUCCAACUGAACAGGGCCAAACCGAGCACACGGAGCAGCCAGAUCAGCCUAAUUCGAUUCCAUCGAAGAGAUCCGCUUUUGGUUACUAUCCCCUGCAGAUUCCCUCGCCGCUGAGCCGUCAAGAGGACUACAGAUUCGUGGAUGACUCACAGCUGAGAAGCCUUCUGUCCACCACUUCUGUGCCGGAUCCCCAAGAGUACAGCUCCACACCGUUGCAAUUUGCAGGCGAUUUAGAAUCGGUUACGAGAAGAUCCUAUGGAGCACCACUUUUAGGUCUCGGCAGUGGCUAUCCCGUGGAGCAUGUUUCCGACUCCCAGCUGGACAGCAUUAUCUCUGGGAUAGUGUACAAUCAUCCGUCCUACAAUCAUUACUCCACAGAGGGCAGUCUGGUGGAUCCAGAACCCGAUCAAAGGCAGCAGACAACCGAUUUUCUCAAGAAACUUAUCGAUGGCCGCCUCGGGGGCUGGGGUUUCGAUCAGGUCUCAGAGCCCGAGCAUAGUCUACGGGAGGAUUACUCCAAAAAACCGUCCAAAACAUAUGGCUACAAUAGCCACACCCAAGACGGCUACAGUGUGGACACCUAUAGGUCGCCACCCAUAACGGAUUACCUGAGGGCAUGGUUCUAGACCCCAAAGACCCAACACAAAAAACCUAGCUUAAGUACUUAGAUAACAAAAAAAAAAA